GUGAGAUUCUUAAAAAGCCCAUCUUUACAAAACAUGAAACCCUAGAACGAAACAUUUCACUCUUCUUCUCUUCCACCAUCUCAGAUUCCCCGGCGAAGAUUUUGUUCACAGUUUCCGGUGAUCUUCUCCUGUCCGCCCAAAUUUCAGUAUAUCUUUGAAGUAAAACUUUGUUAAUCAGCAAAAAAAAUAUGAAGCCAGUGAUAGGCACAGUGGUAUCGAACAAGAUGCAAAAAUCUGUAGUGGUCGCCGUCGAUAGACUCUUCCACAACAAAAUCUACAAUCGCUACGUCAAACGAACUUCCAAAUUCAUGGCUCACGACGACAAAGACGCCUGCAACAUCGGCGAUCGAGUGAAGUUAGAUCCAUCAAGGCCUUUGAGCAAGAAUAAGCAUUGGAUUGUUGCAGAAAUCAUCAAAAAAGCUCGAAUUUAUUCUCCUAAAGCUGCUGCUGCUGCUGUUUCUGCUUCUGCUUCUGCUUCCUCAGCCUCCACUACUGACUCUUCUGCUCAGUCUCAGAUUCCUCCAUCAUCUACUUCUUAAUUGUUUUAAGAGAAACGUUGCAUAGCGAAGCGAGAAAGUUGCUAGGAGUUGUUACUAUGAGCAUAUUGCAUCGAAGCUUUUGGAUCAUGUCUGUGAUAUUUGAUUUCCUGAGAUGAUAAUGAGUUAUAUGAUGGUACUAGAUUAUCUGGUGAAAGUAGAUGAAUAACACAUGUUAAGAUACUCUGUCUUCUUAUGUUAUUUUGGCAAAUCAUCAGUGCAUUGCCUUUUAAGCAGAAGUGUGAGAUAGUGAUGAGUUGUUAUUACAUUCGUUAUUUUGGGUAUGGAACAAUGAGUGAAAAUGUAUCUUUGGCUCUACAAGUUGUGACACCAGUAUGACAAACUAAAGAUCAGUACCAACACCAA